GUGUACAGCAUAUAUUAAUUAGCUUCCACCCACCCACCAAGCUGGUCCAUUUUCUCUUUCCCGUUAAUAAAAGCACCGUCCUUUAUUACACCUCUGCCCCUCUCUCUCUCUCUCUCUCUCUAACACUAUCCACACUCACUCCAGCCGGAACCCUAGCUCUUCCGCCGGAGAACUCCCCUCCCCGCCAACCAUUGUCACUGUUAGCUUAACUUAUGGGAUUUUGGGGAUUCUUUGCUUCUUCUUGAAGUUUUUUAAAAAGUUUGCAAUGGUGAAAACAAAAGAAUUUCUGGGCAUAUUAGCAUUGCUGGUUUUGGUUUCUCAGUGUGUGGGAACUCUAACCCCAUCUCUUAACGAUGAUGUGUUGGGUCUAAUUGUGUUUAAAGCAGACCUUCAAGAUCCAAAAGGAAAGCUUUCGUCAUGGAACCAAGAUGAUGACACUGCUUGUAACUGGAUUGGAGUCAAAUGCAACCCAAGAUCCAACAGGGUCACUGACCUCACUCUUGAAGGCUACUCUCUGUCUGGUCGGAUCGGACGUGGCCUCCUACAGCUCCAGUUUCUUAACCACCUUUCACUUGCAAGAAACAACCUCACUGGCACUAUUAGUCCUAAUCUUGCUCGUCUUGCCAACCUUAGAACCAUUGAUUUGAGUGACAACAGUCUCUCUGGGACUAUCCCAGAUGAGUUUUUCAAGCAAUGUGGCUCUUUGAGAGCUAUUUCAUUGGCUAACAACAAGUUUUCAAGCAAGAUUCCAGCUUCUUUGAGCUCAUGUGCUACUCUUGCUUCUAUAAACUUGAGCUCCAAUCAGUUUUCGGGUUCUUUGCCUGCUGGGAUUUGGGGUUUAACUGCUCUAAGGUCCCUUGACUUGUCUGAUAAUUUCUUGGAAGGUGAGAUUCCUAAAGGAAUUCAAGUGUUGAACAACUUGAGAGGCAUUAACCUGAGUAAAAAUCACUUUACUGGGAUCAUUCCUGAUGGAAUUGGAAGCUGUAUGCUGUUGAGGUCCAUUGAUUUAAGUGAGAAUUCACUUUCUGGCGAGCUUCCACAAACAAUGCAGAAGCUUAGCUUGUGCAGCUCUUUGAGCUUGAGCAAUAACUUGUUAACUGGUGAAGUUCCAAACUGGAUUGGAGAAAUGAAACGCCUCGAAACUUUAGAUCUUUCUGGGAAUAAAUUCACUGGCCAGGUCCCAAAUUCUAUUGGGAAUCUUCAGGCGCUCAAGGUGUUGAAUUUUUCAGCUAAUGGCUUGAGUGGGAGCCUGCCGGAAUCAAUGUCCAGCUGUGGAAGUCUUUUGGCUUUGGAUUUCAGCAGAAACUCUAUGAAUGGGGACCUUCCUGAGUGGAUUUUUGGCUCAGGUUUUGAAAAGGUUAUGCAUUUGGAGAGCAAGCUUGGUGGGAGUUUCAACACAGCUUCAAAGCUCCAAAUUUUGGAUCUUUCAGAGAAUCAGUUUUCUGGUAAAAUUUCUUCUUCCAUAGGAGUUUUGAGCAGCCUGCAGUUGUUGAAUCUAUCAGGGAACUCUCUUGAGGGUCCUAUUCCAGAAACUAUUGGAAACUUGACGGAAUUGGAAGUUCUUGAUUUGAGUGAGAAUCAGUUAAAUGAGAGUAUUCCCCUACAAAUUGGAGAUGCUAUUUCUUUAAAGGAACUGAGGCUGGAGAGUAACAUACUCUCAGGGCAAAUUCCUAGCUCGGUUGGGAACUGUUCUUCACUAACAACAUUAAUCCUUUCCCAUAACAGCUUGACUGGACCAUUACCUGCAGCAAUAGCAAAAGUUACUAGCCUACAAGUUGUGGACUUGUCUUUUAACAGCCUCCAUGGCAGCCUACCCAAGCAGCUGGCUAAUCUUCCCAACCUGUUAUCCUUCAACAUUUCCCACAACCAGUUGCAAGGUGAACUGCCUGCUGGUGGCUUCUUUAACACCAUAUCACCAUUCUCUGUCACUGGCAAUCCAUCCCUCUGUGGUGCUGCAGUCAACAAGUCCUGCCCUGCAGUCCUUCCCAAACCUAUUGUUCUGAAUCCAAACUCUUCAUCCGACUCUGCUUCUGGUGAGAUUCUCCAAGAUAUUGGUCACAAAAGAAUCAUCCUAAGCAUAUCCGCUCUUAUUGCUAUUGGUGCAGCUGCUGUUAUUGUUGUUGGUGUCAUUGCUAUCACCGUCCUUAACCUUCGUGUUCGGCCGUCAACCUCUCCAUCUGCAGCUGAAUUGACAUUAUCUGCAGGAGAUGAUUUUAGCUGUUCCCCCACCACAGACGCCAAUUCUGGCAAGCUUGUCAUGUUUUCAGGUGACCCUGAUUUCAGCACCGGAGCUCAUGCUCUGCUCAAUAAGGAUUGUGAACUUGGCCGUGGUGGAUUUGGAGCAGUCUAUCGGACAGUUGUUGGGGAUGGACAUCCGGUUGCCAUCAAGAAGCUCACUGUCUCAAGUCUUGUUAAGUCCCAAGAUGAUUUUGAAAGAGAGGUUAAGAAAUUGGGAAAAGUUAGACACCAAAAUCUUGUGGCACUUGAAGGAUAUUACUGGACCCCAUCCUUGCAGCUUCUAAUAUAUGAAUUUGUCUCCGGUGGUAGUUUGUAUAAGCAUCUCCAUGAAGGCUCGGGCGGUCAUUACCUUUCUUGGAAUGAGAGGUUUAACAUAAUUCUCGGAACAGCGAAAAGUUUGGCUCAUUUGCACCAAUCGAACAUCAUCCACUACAACAUAAAAUCAAGUAAUGUCCUUAUUGAUAGUUCGGGUGAACCAAAAGUUGGAGAUUUUGGCCUGGCAAGGUUGUUGCCUAUGUUAGACCGCUAUGUCUUAAGCAGCAAGAUUCAGAGCGCACUAGGCUACAUGGCGCCUGAAUUUGCUUGUAGAACAGUUAAGAUAACUGAGAAAUGUGAUGUUUAUGGGUUUGGGGUUUUGGUUCUGGAGAUUGUUACCGGAAAAAGACCCGUUGAGUACAUGGAAGAUGAUGUGGUGGUGCUUUGCGACAUGGUCCGAGGAGCACUGGAGGAAGGAAAGGUGGAAGAUUGUAUUGAUGAAAGGCUCCAAGGGAGAUUUCCAGCUGAUGAAGUUGUUCCAGUGAUAAAAUUAGGCUUGAUCUGCACUUCACAGGUGCCAUCGAACCGGCCAGAUAUGGGCGAGGUAGUAAAUAUAUUGGAGCUCAUCAAAUGCCCUUCAGAAGGACAGGAUGAGUUGGUAUGAAGAUGAAUAUAUAUGCAAAAUUCAGAGUAAGCAAGCUAUUUAUGACGGGCUAUCCCGGCGAAGAGGAAUCCGGUUUGUUCAUUUAAUCACAGAGAAGAGAUUUUCAUUGUUUUGUUGUAUUGGUUCUUCUGUUGUUUGAUUUAUGUUUAUGCUUGUAGUUUCUUCUCAGUGUUCCUAUUAGGUUACCCGGAUUCCUUUUCACCGGCUUCCAGUUUCGGAACCUUUUGAACAUUGUUACCGACCCCAUUACUACUAAUCUUUAGCUGAUUGUAGCAGAAAGCCUGAAAAUUAUGUAUGACCAACCAUUUUAAUCUCCUUAUUUAAAGUUUCUAGUUUAUUUGUUUCA